AUGGGUUCCUACAACAGCCAGAGCCUGAGUUUCUGCACUUCUGAGAAGACUGCCAAAAAGCUGGAGAAGAUGGUGGCCAGGAAGCACACGGAAGGAGCCUUGGAUCUUCUGAAGAGGCUGAACAGCUGUCAGAUGUCUAUCCAGCUGCUUCAGACAACCAGGAUUGGAGUUGCUGUUAAUGGGGUUCGCAAGCACUGCUCAGACAAGGAAGUGGUGGCCUUGGCCAAAGUCCUCAUCAAAAACUGGAAGCGGCUACUGGAUUCCCCAGGAUCUUCCAAAAGACAGCAAAGAGAAAAAGCAAAGAAGAAGAAGAAGAAGAAGGAGAAAGGGCUUGAGUGUUUGGAUUGGAAGCCAGAAGCAGCCAUUUCUCUCCCCAGGAAGAAACAAGGGGAAGAAUCUAAGAACAGGAGAGACUCUGUGGACUCCAAGUCUUCUGCUAUCUCCUCUCCAAAAAGGCCAUCGCUGGAAAGAUCAAAUAGCAGCACAUCAAAAGCCGAGGCCCCUCCGACACCCAGCAGCCCCUCCACUCCCACAUUUGGCCCCUCUGUCUGCCUGCUGGCUCCCUGCUAUCUCACAGGGGACUCUGUCAGGGACAAGUGUGUGGAGAUGCUGGCGGCAGCCCUGAAGGCAGAAGAUGAUUACAAGGACUAUGGAAUCGACUGUGACAAGAUAGCAUCAGAAAUUGAAGAUCAUAUCUACCAGGAGCUCAAGAGCACCGACAUGAAGUACCGGAACCGUGUGCGCAGCCGCAUCAGCAACCUCAAGGACCCCAGGAACCCGGGGCUCAGGCGGAACGUGCUCAGCGGGGCCAUUUCCGCUGGGCUCAUCGCCAAGAUGACGGCAGAGGAAAUGGCCAGUGACGAGCUGAGGAAGUUGAGGAAUGCCAUGACCCAGGAGGCCAUCCGUGAGCACCAGAUGGCCAAGACUGGUGGCACCACCACCGACCUCCUCCAGUGCAGCAAGUGCAAGAAGAAGAACUGUACCUACAACCAGAUGCAGACACGCAGUGCUGAUGAGCCUAUGACUACCUUUGUCUUAUGCAAUGAAUGUGGGCACCGCUGGAAGUUCUGCUGACAGCACCGGCCACCAAGACAGCAGUGAAGGAGGUAAGGAAGAACAAAGAGGAAGCUGUAAAGCAUCUAAACCGGAGGAGAAAAUAAAAAUUAAACCGAAGAACAGUACUGUACUCGGAGUGGGGCAAUAGGGCUCAGAAGGGGAGUUCUUUUGCCAAUUAGUUAUUAACAUUCAUAAUGAUUGGCUAAUAGAGAUGCCUAACUGGAGUACCAUGCUAAAAUCUGUUGAUAAACUUCUUGCAGAAAAUGCACUAGAGCUGAAGUAUCACAUUGUGACGGAGAGCUCCUCAGUUUUGCUUUGAGACCCUUCCCUCUCAUCCAAAUCUCCCAGACUUUUCUGGAUAGAAAAAUACCAGGGGGCUGUGGGUAUAGUUCAGGAGUAGAGUGCUUGCCUAGCAUGGAUGAAGCCCUGGGUUCAAUUCCUAGUACUUUGAGAAAGCGAAAAAGAAAAGCAGAUCAGGGUUGGGGGUAUGCUGGAGGUCCUAGUUUAGUUCAUAGCACCAUAAGAAGACAAGAAAGAAAACGAAACUACUUCUGGGGGCUGGACAUGGUGG